CGAGUGAGGACCCGUUUGCAAAAGGAGAUAUAGGGGGAAAGGUGUCUGCACAGCCUCGAUCUGGCAUCAUCCAAAAAAAUGAGCCCACCAGACACAUUCAAUAGCACAGAAGAAGGGGAUGCUGGUGAGACCGAUUCCGCGGUUCUACUUAACGACAGCAUGGGUUUACACCCACCUGGUUUCCACACUGACAUCACCAAGCACCUUGGAGUCCAGAUCACCUUGAUAAUGGCAUACUCCCUAAUCAUUCUGCUGGGGCUGCUGGGGAAUGCUCUUGUCAUCUACAUGAUUAUUCGCUACAGAAACAUGCGAACAGUGACCAACUUCUUCAUAGCUAACCUGGCCCUGGCAGACCUCCUAGUGAACACUCUGUGCUUGCCCUUCACUUUGGUCUACACUCUGUUAGAUGAGUGGAAGUUUGGGGCUGUGUUGUGCCACAUGGUGCCAUUUGCCCAGGCCCUGAGCGUGCAUGUAUCCAUCCUUACCAUGACUGUCAUUGCUCUGGAGCGUUAUCGCUGUAUCAUCUUCCACCUUGGUCGGCGCCUCACGUGGCACUCCAGCUUCCUCAUCAUGGCAUUCACCUGGACUAUGUCUGCUGUCUUGGCAGCACCCCUGGCCAUCUUCAGAGAGUACCGCAAUGAAGAGAUACCUUCCAUCAACCUGCGUAUCGCUGUCUGCUCUGAGAAGUGGCCUCACGGGACCAGCAGGGACGGAGUCAUCUACAGCCUCUCAAUGCUGCUCCUACAGUACAUUAUUCCUUUAGCCAUCAUUAGCUAUGCCUACAUCUGCAUCUGGGUCAAACUGAAGAAUCACAUCAGCCCAUCCAGCCGCAACGACAGCAUCAAUCGCCGCAAAAAGACCACCAAGAUGUUAGCGCUGGUGGUGGUGGUGUUUGCUAUCUGCUGGCUUCCGUUCCAUGUGUUUCAGCUGGCCAGUGAUCUGGACCUGGUGCUUAGGUUUAAGGAGUACAAACUGAUAUACACAGUGUUCCAUAUUGUGGCUAUGUGCUCGACUUUUACCAACCCUCUCCUGUAUGGGUGGAUGAAUAAAAACUACCGGAAUGGCUUCCUUAUGGUUUUCCGUUGUGAGGAUAAGCCAGAUUCUUUCCACCCUGAGGGCUCGUUCAGGACACGCUCCAUAAGAGGGUUGACUCUGAAUGGUCGUAAUGGUGGACAUCCUCCCACUGCUGUGUGAGAUUAACAAAUUUUAAAAAGCCUGUAGAAUAUGAUUGAACACAAUGAACGCACCUCUGGUUUGUGGUGCUUGUGGUACAGAAGUAGCCUUUUGACUUGAAUGGUCUGAGCUUGAGUGUUUAUGUCACUGGAGAGGACUCAAAGCUUUGCAUGUAUAUUGCUUUAUGCAAGGCUUUUCUUUCCUUUGUGAAUGGUACUAGUGAAAAUUCAUUUGUUGAACGUAUUCAAAUAUGUGUUGAAGAUGUUUACUAAGGUGUUAAGUAACUUGGUACAAUGUAUAACGUGUUUCCUGUUGAUCCAGAGCUCUUGUUGGUAAGUAAUGUCCAAUUAAUUAUGCUCUCCACGCAUACAUUGCCUAUCUCAGGCUACUGAUGUGUUCAUUCUUACUGAAGAGAAGCUGGUGGUUAUUGCCACUGUGAGAACAAGUUUAAUUUGUCACACUUGUUUUUCUAUUUUUUUGGUUGUUCAAAACAUUUGGAUGAAUUUCACUUAAUUAAUCCAAAUGAUGUGUUUAUUUAAUUAAUAACAGUGUUCUAGCAGAUUAAACAUUCAGUCCACAUCCAAGGAAUCCAGAGAAGGCUACUGCUGAUUUUCUGUCCAACCAGGAAGUUAAUUGUAUUCACCUGGCAACCAGCUGUUCCUGAUCAUAUGGACCAGCAGGACUCUGUGUCCAAAGGAAUGGGAUCGAAAACCACUGAAGUGUGAGAAGUGAGAACAAGUUCAUGAUAUCUUCAUCACAGAAUGGGAGCAGCUGCUUUGAGGAUAUAUAGAAAAAGGGGGAUUCGGAAGAUGUCAUGCAGUUUCAUAAUGAUUACUCUGAGCUGAUAAAGUGUCCUUUGUUGGUGGUCUUUUAAUAAGGGAAACAUGAACAUUUAUGAAUUAACUGAUUAAUGACUGGGCCUCUGAGCACACACAUCAAGCCCCUACUGUACACACAACUCCCAGAGUUAAUUUGACAUUCAGAAGAAAUUAUGUUUCGUGCCUCCAUUUCAAAUAAAGAGACAUUUGCUUGAACAAUAUGUAGACUAGU